AUGGCUGAAAGAGGUCUGAGCAAUCAUAAUCGUGGUGCGCUGGCUCACCACUCUACGAAAAGGUCAUCCAAAUACAAAGAGUACCAACCAAAGUUUACCCCGGUUAUACCAUUACCAUCGACAGAAUGUUUCCAAUUAGAUUAUAUAUUAAACAAUGUAUUAGCCAAAGAAAGUGAACAGGUAAACUCAGAUCUAUUACAAGUUGCAUUGAACUUUCAAAAUGAUUUGCGUAAGGAGAUCAAAUACAAAUUACUGAUAGAACAAAGAAUUCAAUUCAAGAACAUUGAAAUUGCCAAAACUGCCAGUAGCUUGAAUAAAACCAUUUUAGAAAGGAAGAAAAAACUACAUAAAUGCAUACUGAAUUCGAAAAACGAUCAUAUUGAUUCUAAUAUGAUUGAUUCUGAAGUAAACCAAUUACUUAAAACAGCUAGUGAGACAAGUCAUAAAGUGAAAAGUUUGAUAAGUAGGUUAACUGAUUUGGAUAAGAAAUUGCGUGGGGAGAACAAAGAUAAUUUGGUUAUGGUGAGGAAGGAAAUUUAUCCCAACUUGUAUCGAUUAAUGAAUAAGCAGGAAAUACAAGAAGAUGAGGUUCAGGAUGUUGAAACACACGAUGUUACAGCACCUUACGAGAGCUAUUUUGACUCGAGUCUUGUUUCCACCGGCAGAAGAAACAAUUUUAUACAGGAUUCCUUAAAUGAAAUUAAUUCAAGUGUUGAUACUGACACUUCUGGCGUACUUACCACCCAAGAAGGGCAGCCAGAAAUAAUACCCACAACAAACUCACUGGUUCUAUUAAAUUCAUUACAUUCAAUUUCGAAUUUGAAUCAAGAUGAGGAAGACAAGGACAAUAACUCUAAAGACAUCACUGAAGAGGAAUAUCUUGAUCCAGUACAAUUCGAAUCAUUUAUGAAAUCGAGUAUAGCAAAGUAUCGAAAGUCACAAAACAAAAAACAUCUUGAUCCGUUCAAGAACAUCACUACGAGUGAAACCAAUUCAGAGCCCAAAAAUCAAGCAUCUAACCCAUUAACAUUGUUAUAUUCACAACUUAUAUCCAAUCCCAAGUACAUUGAUUCACAAAGAAAUGGACAAUAUCCAUUUUCCAAUAUUGUAACGAUUAAAUCAUCAGCUACUACUAAACUGACUGAACUGAUUUCACAUCACAAGAAGUUGCGUAUUAAUGGGGCACCUAUCACUUCAGAGAGUCUACGAAGGAAUAAGGAGAAAUGCAAAUGUUCCAUAGCUGAUAGGGAAGCUUCGAACAAAACACUUGAGGAUGCAUUAUUGGAACAGUUGAAUAUCAGUGACCAUGACUUGGAUGGUGAUGAGGUUUGGAACAGUUCAGAAUUAAACUCCGAGGAAGACGAUUAUAACGAGGAAAAUACCGUGGAUGAACUUCUUUCGUCCGAAUCAUCUGAUCUGGACUCAUCGUCUAUAGAUGAAUACUCUCCAAUCAAUUCGACUAACCAAUAUUAUAAUAACUUCAAGUCAGAUUUAAAACAGAAGAAAAGGGAUAAACUAUCCAAAAGAAAAACCACAACAAGUAAGAGAAAGAAUAGGCGGUCCAUAUCAUUAGAUACAAGGGAGUUAUCUCCUACUCCAAAACAUGUGCCGUCGCAUCGAAUUUUGAAACCGAAAAGGUCGAUUUUGAAAUCUAACUCCAAUAACACCCAAAGAUUCUCAAAGGAAAAUUCACCAUUCCGAAAAGCUGGUUUUGUUACUGAUCAAUUGGAUGAUAUACUAUCUGAAGAAGUGAGUGCUUUAUCAGAAGUAAAUAAUGCAUAUGGUUCUAAAACAGAUAACAAGACAACCAAUUUAACUGUCCAAGGAACAAUUAUUCCUUUCAAAAAUACGAACCCCAAUGAUGAAGACAGCGAGCAGGAUACUACGAAAGAGGGUAUUAAGCACAUGAACUCGUUGUCACUUCUCAGAACGUAUGUGCUGUGA